AUGUUCGCGGCAAUGAUUACGGGCGUGAAACUGCCACCCUUUGGCCAUCUCACGGCCCUUAAUUAUGGUCUGCUUGACGUGAGAAGAGCCAACAUUCGAGGUAGUGGAUCGACAGAGCGCGUUCAUGUUCAGGGAGAAAGAGCGGGAGUCCUGUGGCGAAACCGCGGCCCACUCAUGGACGACAACACUCGCUAUAAGAUCUUAUAUUAUCACGAAGGAACUCGAAAUGUACUUGCUCUGGGAGAGUCGCCAGGUUAUGCAACUGGCUUCCUUCCACCCGCGAAAAAUUUAUUCAAACUGGUAAGUUCGAAGUUAACUUCGAAAAUGCUUAAGAACUUAGUAUUCAGUAUUGAUGAUAAGUUGAUGGUAUGA